AACGGGCGUUGAUUGGGAGCGCGAACUGGAGCCCUUGCGAGCGUGGCGCCCCGCCUUUUGUCCAAAUUGAUCGCUUCGUUGUUUCUAAGUAAACAAUAUGUCAGGUUGGGAGUCUUAUUACAAAAACGAGGGCGAUGAGGAAGAAGAACAAGAAGAGGGACUUGAAGCAGGAGGAGAAUAUACAUACUCAGGAAGAGAUAGUUUGAUUUUUUUGGUUGAUGGUUCUAGGGCCAUGUUUGAAUCUGAGGGUGAAGAUGAAAUGACUCCUUUUGACAUGAGCAUCCAGUGUAUCCAGAGUGUGUAUACCAAUAAGAUCAUAAGCAGUGAUCAAGAUCUCUUGGCAGUGGUGUUCUAUGGUACUGAGAAGGAUAAAAAUUCAGUGAAUUUCAAAAAUAUUUACGUCUUGCAGGAGUUGGAUAAUCCAGGUGCGAAACGAGUGCUCGAGCUUGACCGGUUUAAAGGGGAGCAGGGGAAAGAACGUUUCCAAGACCUAAUUGGCCAUGGAUCUGACUACUCACUGAGUGAGGUGCUCUGGGUCUGUGCCAACCUCUUUAGCGAUGUCCAGGUCAAGAUGAGCCAUAAGAGGAUCAUGCUGUUCACCAAUGAAGAUGACCCCCAUGGCCUUGACAGUGCCAAAGCCAGCCGGGCCAGGACCAAAGCUGGAGAUCUCCGUGACACAGGUAUCUUACUGGACUUGAUGCACCUGAAGAAACGUGGGGGCUUUGACAUAUCCUUGUUUUACCAAGAUAUCAUCAGCACGGCCGAGGAUGAGGACUUAGGGGUUCACUUUGAGGAAUCCAGCAAACUGGAGGACCUGCUAAGGAAGGUCCGCGCCAAGGAGACCAAGAAGCGUGUGCUGUGCAGGUUGAAGUUUAAGCUCAGCAAAGAUAUAGCACUCACUGUCGGCAUGUAUAAUAUGGUCCAGAAGGCUGUCAAACCUCCUCCAGUGAGGCUUUAUCGGGAAACCAAUGAACCAGUGAAAUCCAAGACCCGGACAUUUAAUGUAAAUACGGGCAGUUUGCUUCUGCCUAGUGACACCAAGAGGUCUCAGAGCUAUGGGAGUCGUCAGAUUGUACUAGAGAAAGAGGAAACAGAAGAGCUGAAACGCUUUGAUGAACCAGGUUUGAUUCUCAUCGGUUUCAAGCCCUUGAUGAUGCUGAAGAAACACCAUCACCUGAGGCCCUCCCUGUUCGUGUACCCCGAGGAGUCCCUGGUGAAUGGGAGCUCAACCCUGUUCCAUGCUCUCCUCACCAAGUGUCUGGAGAAGGAGGUCAUGGCAGUGUGUCGAUACACCGCCCGUCAGAACAUUCCUCCUUAUUUUGUGGCCUUGUUGCCACAGGAAGAGGAGCUGGAUAAGCAGAAAAUUCAGGUGACUCCCCCAGGCUUCCAGCUCGUCUUCUUGCCCUACGCGGACGAUAAGCGGAAGGUGCCCUUUACCGAGAAAGUCAUGGCGAACCCAGAGCAGAUAGAUAAGAUGAAGGCUAUCGUUCAGAAGCUCCGUUUCAACUACAGAAGUGACAGCUUCGAGAACCCGGUGCUGCAGCAACACUUCAGGAACCUGGAGGCGCUGGCUUUGGAUCUCAUGGAGCCCGAGCAGCUGGUGGAUCUGACACUGCCUAAAAUUGAAGCAAUAGACAAAAGACUGGGCUUCCUGGUGAGUGAGUUUAAGGAGCUUGUCUACCCACCGGAUUACAAUCCUGAAGGAAAAGUUUCCAAGAGGAAGCAAGAUGGUGAAGGUUCUGGAAGCAAAAGGCCCAAGGUGCAGUUAUCUGAAGAGGAUCUGAAGGCCCACGUGAACAAGGGCACGCUGGGUAAGCUCACUGUGCCCGUGCUGAAGGAAGCCUGCAGGGUGUAUGGGUUGAGGGUCGGAUUAAAGAAGCAGGAGCUGCUGGACGCACUUACUAAGCGCUUCCAGAACUGACCAGCCAGCCAGCCAGCCCCCUCCUUCUGCACUCUAGCCACGCUGCCUGGUUUUGUUCUCAUCGAGUUGAAACCUGUUUCUCCUGAGCCAGGAAGAGUGGGCCUGUUAUAAGCCAAGGACUUUACAUUUAUGAGAUGUUCCGUUGUCAUGGAAACAGCAUAGCCUUCUCACUUUGCUUUGCUUUAUUGUCUGAAUAAAGAGCCUUAACUUUGUACUAUA